GGUGACGGUGGUGGUGAUUGUGAUGACGGUGGUGGUGGUGGCGGUGGUGACGGCGGUGGCUACGGUGACGGUGUUGACGAGGAGGGGACGACUGUGGAGGAGCUUGUGGAGAAGGUGGAGGUGGUGGUGAUGGACGACGAUGGCGAGGUGGAGGAUGAAGAUGAGGAGGUGGAUGAGCAGGAUGAGCAGGAUGAGGAGGAGGAGGAGGAUACGCUGCUGCUGCUACAGCGCAAGCAGCGUGAGUUGGUGCUAGCGGCCGAGCUGGGCAAGGCGCUGCUGGAGGCCAACGCUGAGCUGGAGCAGCAGAACGAGCGGCUGCAGUCGGAGAUGAGGGACAGCGUGGAGAGGCUGCACCAGGAGAAGCACUUCCUGCGGCAGCGUCUGGAGCGCUGCUCCUCCGAGUGGGAGUCUCGCGUCGCCGAUCUGGAGGCCGACCUGCAGGCGGCCAGCGCCGAGCUCCAGUCGGCACGGGCGACGCUCAAGAGCGCCGACAGAGAGAGGAGCGCCUCCCUCUCACAGCUCUCGGAGCAGAACCAGAGGCUGCUGGAGCAACUCACCAGGGCUGCCGAGGUGGAGCAGCAGCUGUCUGCACAGGUGUUGGGUCUUCGCGAUGAGUUUCGGGAGAAAAGUUUCUCCACACAGCAGCACCUGGCACGUCUAGAGAGCUUGCAGGCAGAGCAAAUUAAUGAGAUCCGCCUCCUCACCGAGCGAAAGUUGGAGCUGGAGCGACGUCUCCGCGAGGCGGCCCUGGAGAAUGAACAGCUCCAUGCCGCCGUGCAGGAGAUGCAGCAGAGAGACUUUGCUCUGCAGCUCGCGGGCAGAGCCCGCGACGCGCAGCUGCGCGAGUACGAGUUGGAGCUGCAGGAGGCUUGCUCCGGGCGCCGUCAGCUGCAGCUCCGCCUGGACUCCCUGCAGCAGGAGCUGAGCCUCGUGUCGGGCGAGACACACGGAGCCAGCCCCGAGAGCCUGCUCGCGGAGCUGGCUCGCUCCGAGCACUCGCAGAGACUCCAGCAGAGAUCACACGAGGCACGGGGGACACACGGAGCCAGCCCCGAGAGCCUGCUCGCGGAGCUGGCUCGCUCCGAGCACUCGCAGAGACUCCAGCAGAGAUCACACGAGGUGGAGGUGGAGGUGUGGGACGUCUACUGCCAGCUGCACUCCCUCUGCACCCAGCUGCGGCUGCAGCAGCAGCAGCUGCAGCUGGGCUCGCCCGGCUCCCCCGCGGGGUCUCCGGGGCUCACGCGCAGGGGCUCCGCGGCGCCCGCGGGGAUCCCCCCAUUGGACGGCGGGGGCGGGGGGGCGGAGCCCGAGGGGGCGGGGCCCAAGGGGCUUCCCUCAUUGGACGACAAGGGGCCCGACGAGCCGGCGGGGCUUCCCUCAUUGGACGACAGGGCCGAGGGGGCGGAGACGAACGCGCUCCCUUCAUUGGACGACGGGGGAUCCAAUGAACUCGAGGGGCUUCCCUCAUUGGACGACAGGGGAUCCAAUGAACUCACGGGGCUUCCCUCAUUGGACGACAGGGCCGAGGGGGCGGAGACCAAGGGGCUCCCCUCAUUGGACGACAGGGGAUCCAAUGAACUUAAAGGGCUUCCCUCAUUGGACGACACGGCCGAGGGGGCGGAGACGAAGGGGCUUCUCUCAUUGGACGACAGGGGAUCCAAUGAACUCACAGGGCUUCCCUCAUUGGACGACAGGGGAUCCAAUGAACUCACGGGGCUUCGCUCAUUGGACGACAGGGCCGAGGGGGCGGGCCUCAUGGGGCUUCCCUCAUUGGACGACAGGUGCGAGGGGGCGGAGCCCGGUGGACUUGACAGGAGCCUCAAUGAACUCAGAGGGCCUCUCCGAUUGGACGACGGGGGUUCCCGUGAAUUUGCUGGCCUUCCCUCAUUGGAGGAGGGAGAGAGGGCAGAGCCCGAGGGGCUGCCCCGAUUGGAUGAGGGCGGGGGCGUGGCCCCGGGCGGUCUGCGGGUGAUGGUGAAGGAGCUGAAGCAGCUUGUGAGCGCCGUGGUGCUCACCAGCGCCAACGAGCUGCGACGCUGCAGGCAGCAGCGCUGCGGCCUGGAGCAGCGAGUCUCCCGCCUGACGCUCAGCCUCUCGGCCACGCGGGAGACGCUGGAGACGCAGGCGGAGACACUGAGACACGGGGACGCCGAGACACGGGCACUCAGGGGAGAGCUGGCCGUCUGCUCACUGCAGUUGGCCUCUGCGCGGGAGGAGAAGGAGCGGCUCCAGGCAGAGGUGAUGAGGUGGAGAGGCGACGAGGACGAGGAGGAGGAGGAUGAGGAGGCGGAGGCGGAGGGAGACACGGGGAGGAGGAGGAGGAGGAGGAGAGGGGGGAGCGAUGAGGAGGACUCGGAGGAGGUUCUGAGGAGGGCACUGCAAGAGCGCGACGACGCCAUCAACAAGAGGAGUGUGCUAGAGAUGGAGCUGGCCGUCUGUAAGAUCGACCUCAUGGCCCUCAACUCGCAGCUGCUGGACGCCAUCCAGCAGAAGGUCGAUCUCAGUCAGGAGCUCGAGGCCUGGCAGGACGACAUGCACGCGGUGAUCAGCCAGCAGCUGAAGGAGAAGCACCGACGCGGCACCGCCGCCAGGAGCCCCCCAGGAGCGCUGCAGCAGCUGGGGGUCCUCUCCUCCCUGUGGGGGGGGGCCGGGGGGGGCGGAGGGGCCGGGGGGGCCUCCCCGGCACCGCCGGCGCUGCACGAGAUGCUGCAGGCAGAGGGGAAGACCUUGCUGGCGGCCAUCUUCAAGAAGAGCUGA